ACGGAGUUUCCAGGGCAACAUGACUUGUUUUAGGCUUUUAGGAUUACGCCGUGCAGGCGGAACUAUUCAGAAAGUUUAUUACGUUAGACAAAUUUUUUUUUUUUGUAACUAUUUUGCUUUAAAUCUUCAAAUGACCGUACACAAUAAAUGACUGGGGAAAGAACAAGCACACACAGGUUCUUGAGGAGCUCUAAAUGAUGGUUUAAGAGGUUUGGAGCUUUCUGAGACCUCUUUCACAGCUAAUGCACGUCAAUUUUGGCAGGAUGAUGGACAGGUCUAAGGAGGUUAGAUCAGUGUCUUCAGCUUGUAAGAAUGAUACAGGCACUCCAACCUCUUUGGCACAGUUGUGCAAACAGCUGGAGGAGAGAAUUAUCCAGAAAUCACAGCGUUACUCCGUCAGCCAUGAAGACAGACAGUCUCUGGCUGCAGCGUUGAACUCUGAGUUGGGUCUGAUCUGGCAAAACCUGAAAACCCCGUCUGUGGACACCACACUGACCCAGGCAGAGAAGUUGCAGCUCCACCGCCAAACCUUCAGUGAGGUUUUGCACAUCUGCGAGCAGCUGUUUCUGCAAUCCUUGCACCUGAUGGAGACUCUACGGAGGCGAGGUGUCUUCAGCGUCCAUGUUAAUCGUGACAGGGUGGCAGCUCAGCUGGCUAUUGACUGCACCAGUCUCUUGAAUGUUCGCUCCAUAAGAUGCAGGAUUGUCAAUGGAAUCAAAGCUGCACGGAGACACAACCAAAGUCCUGCUACAAAUGCACUACAUAACAGUGAGAGGUCCAUGACGGCCACACCAUGGGAAAAAGCUGUGGAGGAUGACCUCAGAGAGAUUCAGGAGAAAUUCGGAGAGCUGGAUCUGCAACUUGUUUAUGACCUCCUUCCCUGUAACAUGGAGCCAAUCACCUAUAAGACAGACACACAAUCCAGUAUGUCUAAUACACUAAAUCAAGAGCAGGAUCAGAGUCCCCCUCAAAACCUGUUGGUCAAAAUAAAGGAAUGUCACUCCAUGCCUGACCUACAGAGGGAGACACUCCUGGAGGAGCUGGAGAUAACGCUACUCAAUCGGCCUCCAACCCCAUUAGUCCCACUGUCCACACAUCCUACCUCCAGCCUGGAGAAAUGCAUCAGUCCUAGGGAGGAUCUAAAGAGAUUAUUACAAGAGAGUGUUUACAAGGAUGAUGGUAACUGUGAGACAGAUCUGUGCUCGCUUAUAGAGUCCUUGACCUGCUAUAGUUCCAGCAGACUUCAAAGGCUCAAACAAAAACUACAGAAAAUGAUGGAGGAAGAGGAGGAAACAAAGAAGCACAAAGUUCUUGUGGAGAAACCUCCACAUCCACAAGGAGACGUGGUCAGUGUGGCGUUUUAUCCUCAAACCAUAAUGCGCACAGCAGCGGCCCGACUGUCCGAUAGGAUUUUCCCAGAGACCAUCAAACUCAGCAUGUGCCCACCAGUCUACAAUGACCUCACUAAAGAGAUUGAUUCAGCAACGGUUGCUCUGAUGGAUCAGAACUUUGUUGAAGAAAAUAUGGAAUUAAGCAAAGUCUUCGAAGAGUUAUCCAAAAGUAUUUCAACAAAGUAUUUCAACUUUGAUGAGGACCCCAGGUUUGAGCCUGCUCUGAAAAAUCCCACAUUCAACCCAAAAAGAGUGAUUAAUAACAAACUAAUCAACCCUACACUCAGAAGGCCCAAUCUAUAUAGCAUAUCCCACAGAGAGAGGACACAGAGAGCUGCGAACAGGAAGAGGCCUGUGAACGCAACUGCUCGAGCAUACAGAGCCUGGUUUCAGUGGUGGAGGUGUCAACUAUCAGCAGAUGACUAUCUUGACUACAUUGCCAGUCAGGACUCUGAUUAUCUGUCAGUGCUGUUUCACCUGUAUGACAGUGAUGAUGAUGAAGAAGCAGAGAGAUGCAAGCUGGCUCAGCUGCAGAGAGAUGAAAGGAGAAGAAGGCAGCAGGAAAGGAUCCGUUCACUUAGGAGACAGAAACAAGAAUUUGUUCCUGGAUUCUGGAAUAUCAACACCAUAGAGAUGGGAGGACUGGGAAGGGAACCAGAACUGGAUGAGAAAAAUCCAGAUGAGGAAAUACGAAAUGAUUCUGAGGAAGAAGAAGGUGAAGGUUCAGUUGCUGGAUUUCUGGAUGAAGAACAGAUGCAGCACAGGCUGGAGAGAGUCUGGAACGCCCUGUUUCUCCCAGAAGGACAGCGACUAGACAUGGCCAUCAAAUACAGCUCUCAAGAGCACAGAGACCAUCUGCAGAAGGCAAUUGCUGCAUGGGAGCAGGCUGCUCGGUUGAUCCAGAAGAGGGAGCUCUUGCUCUCCAGGUUGGAGGACUUUGAGAGAAAGGCAUCUGACCCCAACAGAUUUUUCCAACGAGGUUAUCAUGGAUCAUCCAUCGCUAGAUUGGAAGAGGCAAGUCAAAGAGAGAAGCUCAACUCUCAGAUUUCAGUUGUAGACCAAGAACUGUCCAAGACUAUGGGCCACAUCACAACACGUUUCAGUGACAACAUCAGCUAUAAGGGUCGGCCGUACAGAGAGAAGAUGCGCUGGGACCGCACUGAGAUGCUGUACUGGCUGCAGCAGGAGAGGCGGGUCCAGUCUCUGGAGAUGUUUGUAGAUGGACGGAUGGCUUUGCCUGCAAGGCUUCCUCCUCUGAGACAAAGCCAGGAGAUUCACUCAGGCAGCCAUCAAAUCAUCCAGAAACAACCUCUUUCACACUGUGAGGGAAGUGUCCAGUUAUUGCAACACUGCAAACUCUAAAAAAUAUAGCAAUGUAGUUCAAAUACUAGCAAAUAAAGCAAGACCUGUCAGUUUUUACAGACCCGUUUCAUUUUGAUUACUGGUUUAGCUUAUUCUCAAUAGGUGCUGAAAAACGUUCAGAUUUUGAAAAGGAAUGGACUUAAGACUUGAAAUUUAAUUUUUAAAUGAUUCAUUUUAUAUUUCUAUCCACCUUUUUCUUCCCAUAAGAGCGGGUGCAGCCAUUUGUAAAGUUUAUGGGUUUGGCUUACAGUCUCAUCCGCGACCAGCUGUUUUUAGCUGUACAUUAUAGCUCGUUUUGCUGCAGUUGCAACUCAGGUGUCCCGAGAUUAAAUUCUGCCUCAUGGACCUUUGCCGAUCCCACCG